AUGGUAUCUAGACUAGGAACUGUUACGAUGCAGCAACCGUUGGCUCCGCAGCCUGAUCAAAUGGGGACCCAACAGACCCUGGGGCAGCAGAUGGUGCUGUGUCCAGUGCGGUUAGUGUAUGAGACUCAGAUCUUAGUACAACCAGGGGAUCAUAUCCAACCGAACCAGACCUUCUUUAUCAACCCACAGAACCCUCCGCCAUGGAUGCAAAACAGUCUUCAGAACAGUCUACAGCCACGACAACCGAUUCAAAACCAAGUAGUAUAUGUUCAUCAACUGCCAAACAACAUCGUGUCUUCUAUUCAACAACCUAUGGACCAGAAUCAAUUAUACUUACAGCAGAACUAUCCCAACUUCCAACUCCAACAGCAAAUGUUGACGCAGAAUCCCCAAGAAAUGAGGUCAGCUGUACAAUUGACAAAUAUCAUGCCAAAUAUGGUUCAGAGCAUGCAGCAAAAUGUACCAAAUGAAAGAACAGUGCAGAAUAGGCCGAUGCAAGCAAAUCCACAAAUGAUUCAAAAUCAAAUUUCUGUGAACAGACCAAUCCAACAUCAGAUGGGGAAUCCGACUCUUGAGGUCCAAGGACAAGUGGUGAUGAGGCCACAGAUGCACCAACAAGGCAAUAUCCAAAGAUCGGUCAUGAAUGUUAAUCAAAUGCAAAACCUGCAACAUCAGAAUUUAGCUAAUUUACAAAAUGUUGUUUCAAAUACUGGCCAAAAUUUUUUACCAAACACUGGACGACCCGGUUCAAAUAUGAAUACUGUAAGGACUUCAAUACCAAAUAAUGUCGUAAAUGUAGCUGCAGUACCUAAAGUAAGAGAAAUAACACCUUUGAAUGUGGAAAACAAAACGGUUAACAGUCCAAUUGGGAAUGUUGCACCAAAUGUCAGGAAUUUUGUGCCGAAUUAUUAUAGACCAAUACAACCUAGACCUCAAAUUGGUCACAACACAACGAAUAUGCCAAAAGUUCAACAACAUAUACCUGUACAGACUAUACAAAACAGCCCAGUUUAUGACCACAGCAAAAAUAAUAACCUACAUAAUACUAACAAUAAUUUCGCAAUUAUCCAAGAAUUAAACAAUCCAAUUAUUAAUAAAAAAAGAAAGAGUGAAUCUCCGGACGAAACUCAAAGGAAACUGCCUACGCCCACCUUAAAACCUAACUACAAUACACAAGCUAUUCCCAAACCAAAUUAUAACCACACACAAGAGAGUAUAUCAAAACCACAUUAUUAUACGGUGCAACAAAAUAUGAAUGUCACUAAAUUAGUAAGUGAAAUGGGGACAAAUACAAGUCCGGUGCAUAGGCCUAAGUUAAAUCCACAAAUUCAAAUAAACAGUCCCCAAAUAAAUAAACCUGCUAUUGAAAUCGAACCCAAUAUUAAUAAAGACUCAUCAGGUUUACAAGAUAAAGAAAAGCUAAUUAGAAAUACAGUUUUCACUCAAGCUAGGGGAAGAGUACUUCAAGAUAAAAUUGAUGAAUCGAAACCACAACAAAUGGAAAUAGCUACAGAAACUACUGAACAGGUCAAAAUUGCGGCAAUCAAAGCAGAGCCUGCGUUGCGAGCUGUGGAGGAACAACCAAAACCUGCCGAAAUACCAAAGGCUAUAUCAGAUAUUGCUGCAGGCACAGAUAUUAUAAUUAAAAUCGUAAAAGAAACUAAUAAAAAUGAAAAAGAAGUUGAAAUAAAUUUACCACCGCCAAAAACCAUUAAAAUUGAAGAAAAACAGGUCGAAAAGAUUAAACAGUUAAAUAAAACUGAACAAGUUGCGAGUGUAAGCGAACAAGUUGCGAGUGUUAGUGAACAAGUUGCGAGUGUGAGUGUAAGCGAACAAGUUGCGAGUGUUAGUGAACAAGUUGCGAGUGUGAGCGAACAAGUUGCGAGUGUGAGUGAACAAGUUGCGAGUGUGAGUGUGAGUGAACAAGUUGCGAGUGUAAGUGAAAAAGUUGCGAGUGAUAACGAGAAAAUGGAUCAAGAAAACGAUGAACAAUUGUUAGUGAGUGAUAGAAAUACAAUCAAACAGGAGAAAAUAGAUAUAUUAACACAUGUUGUCGAUGGAUACGUGAUUCAGGAAUCUAAUAUUGCUUUUCCGAUAAGAAAACCCCUAAAAGAGAAAAUUCUAUAUACAAACACGAAAUCAGAGGAGAAUGAGAAGAAAGACCUCUUAAGAGAGAGUAUAAAAGAAGAACUCAAAAGUAACGCCGUCGAUAUCCCCUUGUUACCGUUCCAUUAUCUAUUAUUAGAAAGCGCAAAAGAAGAGAAAGAGAAGGCAGAGGAAAGAGAAAAAGAAGAAGCCAAAGUAAGAGGUAACCCCUUCUCCCAGUUGGAGCACACUACUGUCAAAUCUUGGACGGUGGAUGAUCUCACAGCACACCUUCUAAAAUUCAGCUGGAAAGACACAGUCUCACUGCUUCAGGACCACGAAAUAGACGGGGAAAGUCUCUACCUCGUCUCCAAGCAGCAACUCCUGACUAUUGGCGUAACAGAGGAGCAUGCCGACGUGAUUUGCGAAUUCGUUAAAAGCUGA